AUGUGUUUUGCUAACACCAUCGUUGAAACACAUAAAAAAUUCAUUACGCCAAAAGAAGGUGGCGUGUACAUUCAUACUAAGGCAGAGCACAGAGAAAUUUGUGACAAAAAUCCAAAUUUAUACAAUAUGUCUCGUACUAAAUCGCGUUUGCAAAUUGAAGUAUGUGGAGAUUGUGGAGCUUCUGAUCCUUCGUGGGCUUCCAUAAACCGUGGCAUUUUACUUUGCUCAGAUUGCUGCUCAGUUCAUCGAAGCCUAGGCCGACACAUUUCAAUGGUGAAAUCUUUACGUCAAGGAACUUGGGAACCUUCAGUUCUCAAUUUCGUAAACUCAUUGAAUGCUCAUGGAGCGAAUAGUGUCUGGGAACAUCACCUUCUUGAUACUAACUCUUCAAAAAAUGACAAAGGAAUGCCUCGGGUACGAAAACCGAAUCCCAAAGAUCCUUUGCAUCCUGUGAAGUCGGAUUUUAUUAAAUCAAAGCACGUAAACCUAGUAUUCGUUUUGAAAUCAAAUCUUCAAGAGGAAGGUAUAAUUUCUGGUGUAAAUUUAGAAAACGAGCUCAGUAGACAACUUCAUGCAAGUGUGAGGACCAGCAAUCUGGAAACUUCUCUCCGCCUACUUGUCCAAGGGGCGAAUCCUAACUAUUUUCAUGAAGAAAAGCGAUCAACGCCUCUGCAUGUGGCUGCCAAAUUUGGACAAGCGUCUCAAAUUGAGUUGCUUGUAGCAAACGGGGCAGAUAUUAACGCCAUUGACGGCAAUGGGCUAACUCCUCUCGAAGUUGCCAAAUCAAACAACCAUAAUGUUAUAGCGGAGAGGCUACUAGAUUCAUUGUACGAAGUGACGGAUCGCAUUAUAAUGUUUUUAGGUGGUAAAAAACCGGAUCAUUCGUCAGGUUGUCAUUUGAUAAUCCCAGAAACUAAUAAUACUGAAAUAAGCGAACAGCUUACUAUUGCCCGAAACCGUUUGCAAGUAGUUCCAAAUAAAAUGUUUGAAGAAUUAGUAAUGGACCUAUACGAUGAAGUUGACCGAAGAGAAAAUGAAGCAAUUUGGGCAACUUCUACAUUAAAUGGUGAAAAUGUGGCAGUGCCAUUUUUGCCGGCAAAUCCAUUCUUAAGUGCUACACGAAAUCAAGGUAGGCAAAAACUUGCACGUUUUUCUCGAAAGGAAUUCGCGGGCCUAUUAACAGAUGUGUUAUGUGAUGCACGUCGACGACAAAAAAUUGCGAGCUUACGCCCACUUGACACACCCAAUUUGAAUUCGUUUUAUAACCCACCUUUAUUAAAUGAAAAUGAAUUGGAAUUGUCAGAUGAUGAACCCAUUUACGAUCCCGUGGCGAGCGAUGACGAUUAUGCACCAAUACCACCAAUCUCCCAGCAGGCUAUUGUGCAUCAAACGCCAGAUGAGCCGCAGCAUGAAGUUCAAACGUUGUUGAGACAAAUAAAUGACUACAAGUAUGUGAUUAAUCAGCUGAAAUCUACUGUUGAAAAGCUUUCGUCUGAAAAUUCUGAAUUAAAAUCAAAGUUUUCAAAUGCUUCCGUGGACUGUACAAUAAAUGAGACUGUCGUUCACCAUGACUCGCUCCGGACCGACAUAAAUGGUGUUGAAAAUGGAAGCGAAUCGCUUUCACUUCCAGAGGAGGCUGGAAAUGGAGCCAUUAUUACAGAUUCAAAUUCUUCUAGUUCUUCCUCAGCCAACAGCUCGAAUCAGUCGACCAUUAAGCGUCCUGCAAGCAUGUAUGAACGUCGUAUCGCUCCGUCUUUGUUUAAACCAAGCGUUGAUUGUCGCACCACAACCAGUAUGUACCAAAUGGCCGCUGAUAAGCCUUUCUCAGAGGAACUAAAGCAUCGUACGGAUUUCGUUACACGUCGAGUUAAGGAGCUCGUUGCCAUUAUGCAAGACCUGCCAUCAAACAAAGACGAACUAGUUCCUUGUGGAGAGAGGGUACGCUCUGCCGUAAUGGAAUUGAUAUCAAUAUUUACAACACCGUCAAAUUACAACGAAACCAUAAGAGAUAUGCUCAAAACACUGACCCGCUACAACAUUCUAAUGCCCCAUGAAUGUGAAAAUUUGCUGAAGUCGUACACAUUAGAUGAAAAAACAGCUAUCGAUAAAUAUAACAAUGAAGUCCGAGAAUGUGCAUACUAUAUUGUUAGCUCAAUGAAAACUCUUGUCAUGCAGUUUGAGUGAUGCGCUCUAUAUAAUAUAUCUACACAUACAUACAAUUAUAUAAUAUAAUACCUACCCUUCCAAUUGAACUACAUCAAAUACUUAGCCUUUCACGAAAAUACUAAUAAUUAAAUGAAUAUUCCUCUAAAACUAUCCAUGUAAUAUAAGAUUUUUCUUAUAGAAUUAAAGUUGUCUUCAUUUUUUAAUAAAUACUAAUAAUGAUUAAUUCGUUAGCAACUA